AUGCCACGCAUCCCCACCACCAAGCUCGCCAAGGGCGGAUCAAAACGUCACAAUCCACUCCCACAGCAGCUCCAAGAAGACCAAUUGACCUCUAAAUUUGGUCUCGUAUCGGCGCCCGGACGUCGAUCGAAGAAGACAGCCAAGCCGCAAUCAGCAUCCGACGAUGAGGAGGAUCAAAAGCAGUAUGCCGCUCCCAAGGGUAUGGUCACAGGAGGAAAGGCGGGCGCAGCCAGCAAGGAGAAGAAGUACAUCGACCCCAAGCUAUCGAGGAACAUCUUGCGACUCGCACGGCAACAGCAGGAGGAGAUUGAGCGUGAAGAGUUGGAGUUGCAGAACCCUGCCUCGGCAUCAGCUGGCGCUUCCACUUCAGCCUCGAAUGGCAUGACCGCACGCGAUGGGCCGAGAGGAUCCGCGUCGGCAGCCAUGCCUGACGACUCGGACGAUGAAGAUGCAGACCUCGAUGAUUUGGGAGAGCUGGACGACGAUGAAGCAGAGAUGGGUGCCAAUGGCUGGACAUCGUACGACGCCAAUCUCGAGAUCGACCCGUCAGAUCGAGCGCUUCUCGACAAUUUCGAGGCCGAGCAUGGCGGCGACGACGAGCACGAUGCUCCCAUGGGCGGCGCAGGUGGAUUUGGUGGACACGGCAACAAGACGCUCGCCGAUCUCAUCAUGGAAAAGAUCGAAGCCGCUGAAGCAGCAGGCGACGGACCGACCCAACAGCAGCUCGAAGAGCGACGCAUGCCACCAGGCAUCAACCCCAAAGUCAUCGAAGUCUACCGCAAGGUCGGCGAGCUCCUCUCCCGUUACAAGUCCGGUCCUCUCCCCAAGGCCUUCAAGAUCGUGCCCUCCUUGCCAGCAUGGGAGUCGAUCCUCUACAUCACCGAUCCUGCCAUGUGGACACCGCACGCCACCCUCGCUGCGGUCCGCAUCUUUGUGUCCACCAUGAAGGCCGACCAGAUGCAGCGCUUCUACGAACUCGUUCUCCUUGACAAGGUACGCGACGAGAUCCAAGACGACGGCAAAGUCUCGUACCAGACGUACGAAGCGAUGAAGAAGGCCAUCUACAAGCCCGCUGCGUUUUUCAAAGGCUUCCUCUUCCCCAUGUGCGAAUCCGGCACGCUGACGCUCAAGGAAGCCGCCAUCGUCUCGUCGGUUCUCGCCAAGGUCUCGAUUCCUGUCCUGCACUCGGCCGCAGCACUACUGCGUUUGGCAGAGAUGGAGUACUCGGGACCCACCUCGCUCUUCAUUCGAGUGUUGCUGGAUAAGAAAUACGCGCUGCCGUACAAGGUCGUCGACUCGCUCGUGUUCCACUUUAUCCGAUUCGCAGAGCCCAACUCGGGCGUCGAGCUGGACAAGAUCACGAGGGAGAGGAGGAUGCCCGUCUUGUGGCACCAGAGCAUGCUCGUGUUCGCACAGAGGUACAAGCAGGAUCUGACACCGGAUCAGAAGUCGGCGCUGCUGGAUCUGUUGAGGGUCCAGAAGCACGAGGGCAUUUCGCCAGAGGUUAGGAGGGAGUUGCUCACGGCAACAGCGAGGGGCGAGAUGAUGGACGAGCCUGUGGACGAGGACGAUGAUAUGAUGUCGAUUUGA